AUGGACACAGGCCAAGUGCAGCCCAUCAAGUUGGCCAGGGUCACCAAGGUACUGGGCAGGACCGGUUCUCAGGGCCAGUGCACCCAGGUUCGCGGGGAGUUCAUGGACGACAGGAGCCGGCCCAUCAUCCACAACGUGAAAGGCCCGGCGCAGGAAGUAGACAUACUCACGCUGCUAGAGUCAGAACACGAGGCUCGAGGCUGCUAUGAGACCAGCCGAUGGAGGUCCUAG